ACAGCAGGAGCUUCAGUCAUGGCGGCAGAAGGUGCAGAGAUGGGCGGCAGUGGGGAUGUAGUGUCGGAGCAAGAAACUCCUGCGACAUCAGAGGUCAUGACCACUGAAGUGGCCGAUGCCCCCCAGUUGGUGCAGGAAGCUGCCGAGGAGGAGGAGAGCACUGCGGCAGCACAGUACCCCACAGUCCUGGAGGAGGGUGAUGAAGAGGAAGAGGGGGAGCUCCCAGCAGAUUUUGAUAGGCUGUGGAGAGUGGCCCAUGAAAAUCCACUAGAGUUCUCUAGCUGGACUGACUUGUUGCAGUACUGUGAGCAAGAGAGUCACACAACAGCUUCUCGGCGUGCCUUGGGGACAUUUCUGAUCAGAUACCCCCUCUGCUAUGGCUACUGGAAGAAGUUUGCUGACCUGGAGAAGCGUGCUGGGAACACAAACCGAGCUCAUGAAGUGUGCGUGCGAGGUUUGAAGGCCAUUCCUCUGAGCGUUGACCUGUGGAUCCACUACAUAACCCUUCUGCAGGACACUCUGAACAUGAACCUGCCAGAGUCUACACAGCACAUUCGCAGUGCUUUUGAGUCAGCCGUAUCGGCGGCGGGUCUGGACUUCCACUCAGACCGGCUGUGGGAGAUGUAUGCGGACUGGGAGCGAGAGCAAAGUGACCUAAAAGCUGUGACAGCCAUCUAUGACAGAGUGCUGAGGGUCCCCACACAGCUGUACAGGGGGCAUUUUGAGAGGUUUAGGGCUCACCUGACGGCUCAUCACCCACAAGACAUUCUAUCCACUGAGGAAGUAGGGCGACUGCGUGCACAACUGCAGCAGAGUAAAGGGGGUGAGACCAAUCCUGAAGAGCCAGAGGAGGAGAAACCCCCAGGGGAGGAGACCCCCAGUGACAACACCAGCAUCCAGGAUACGGAGGAAGAUGUGCAGAAAAUGCAAGAACUGUUGUUAGCGGACAGACAGAAAAUCUACCAGCAGAAUGAGAUGGAAGUAGGGAAGCGGUGGGCCUUUGAGGAAGCGAUCAAGAGGCCUUAUUUCCACGUUAAGCCCCUGGACAGGGCUCAAUUGAAAGCAUGGCACACCUACUUGGACUGGGAAAUAAGUGAAGCAGAGCAGCAAGCCCAGGAAGGUGCAGUCAGGGGGGCAGAGGCACAGACCAGUAGCUGUGCAGGACGUGAGCGUGUGCUGAUUCUGUUUGAGCGCUGCCUGAUCGCCUGUGCUCUGUACGAGGAGUUCUGGACCAAGUAUGUGCGGUACCUGGAGCCGCAGAGUGUGGAAGAGGCACGUAACGUGUAUCGCCGUGCCUGUGAAGUCCAUCUGUCGCACAAACAUAACAUGCACCUGCAGUGGGCCACCUUUGAAGAGAGGCACGGCAACAUUACUGAAGCAAGGCGUGUACUGAAGAAUCUGGAGCAGGCCAUGCCAGGCCUGGCAAUGGUGCGCUUGCGGAGGGUAGGGCUGGAGCGCCGCACAGGCCGACUAGACCAGGCGGAGGAGUUGCUGCGGGAGGCAGUGCUCCAAAGCAAGGAAACACCCACCCUCCAUGCUUUCUACUCCAUCAAACUGGCCAGGUUCCUUCUGAAGCUCUCAAAGAACUCAGCCAAGGCCAGGACUGUGUUGCUGGAAGCUAUAGAGAUCAGCCCAGACAACAGCAAGCUGCAUAUGAACCUCUUGGAGCUGGAGGUGGCUGGAGACCCGCGUGGUAAUGGCACCGGGGUGCAACAGUGUGUGAGCCGAGCCCUGGAGGCCCCUCUUUCUCCCCACACCAAACUUCUCUUUUCCCAGCGGGGUCUGCAGUUUGCUGAGGACUUUGGAGCCACGGUGCAGAGUGUCCUCACUGUGUACGAUGAACACCAGAAGCUGCUGAAGGAACUUGGCAAUAAGAAGCGCAGUGCUGAAAAUGGGGAUAAUGAUGACCCUGAAAAGAUGAGCAAACUGGAGGAGAGCUCUGCAGUCCCAGCACCUUCUAUGGCCACUCCUCCAGCUGUACCUCCCAUGCCCAUGACCACACCUCCUCCUCCCAUGAUGGGCGGAGACAUGAGCGGUUCGCACUCUGCAUACGGCUAUGGAGGCUGGUAUCAGCAGCAGCAGUACGGGGGUUAUGGCUACCAGAAUCCUUGGAACUACAAUCAGUACUAUCCUCCCAGCUAAUGAGAACCUCAGAUGACACAUGUUAAAAGAAAGUUGCUGACACAUUGAACCAUUUCAUAGUAGCAGUGGUGGAAAAAUAACAACCCAUAGUGACUCGACUUUGACUUGACCAACAAUUUGGAUGAUGGAUUAGUGAUUUGUAGAUAUUCUCCAAGUAUGUUUUGCAGACAAAUUUAAAUUUCCAGUGUGAUUUCAGAAAUUUUAACUAAUUGGUUAGUAAUAAGGAAAUUGAAUUGAUCCAAGACUGUACUGAAAAGGUAAACAACCAAAAUCAUUUUAACAACAACAACACAGGUUAUACCGGAGAAGUCACUGAGGAGACGAGAAAUGGUGUGACUGUCACUCUUGAUUUUAUUACUUGUAAUUUGGAAUAUUUUCAGCCUGUAUUUCCUUUAAAUAGAGCUUUGUCUUAAAAGAAUUGCUCAAAAUGCAUUGUUUCUGUAAUGGGAACACAGUGUUGUUUUGUAAGCUGUCUUUUACUAUGAGAACAGAUCUGUCAAUGUUUUGCAUCAUUCCAAAAGUAUGAAUCAUUUUUAUGUGCUAUAUGUUAUAAUAAACAUGUUUUAAGAUUUGAGGCAAGUCAAACUGCAUUUGGAUAUACUAUGAUGUCAGUGAAAACUUUUUAUAUUUCCAUUGUUUUUUUAAAUUGUUGGCAUUGUAACAUGCUUUGUAGCUUAGCGUCACACAGCUUCACUAAAUAAUAUCUAACCUGUUUUAUUUGUCUGUGGUGAGGAAACUGAGCUCAGAAUAAAACUGAGUCCUUUUCCUGGUUUAUGUUUUUUUUACAGAAGCUUAAAUGUGUCACAGGGAAUGUUGUAGAAGUUACUCAAAAGUCCAACCCGAUUUCCUUUGACUAAAUGCCAUUCCACUUCUUGUGAGAGCUAGAACUUAUAUAAUCAUUGGGGUGAAUAAAAACAAAACUCAAAAUUGCACAGUUCAGGGUCAGAAGGAUGUCUUGUUUUUAAAAUCUUCACUUUACAGUUUCAUUGUUGCUUGCAUAUUUUUAUAUAAAUUAAAAAUAUGAAACCAGGGCUUUUCUGUGAUUGUUUAAAUUAAUGAAUUACUUCAUUACAGAUUGCAAAGUUAGAGAACCACAUGUAUGUAUGCCACACUGACUGCAAACCAACUGAACAUUUAUUGCUGAAACCCAGUUUUAACAUUCUGAAAGUUAAGUUUUGAAAUUUUUAUCGCUAUGACCCAUCUGCGUUCCAGCAAAAUUUUAAAAAUAUUAAG